AUGGGAUUCAGGACCAUUUUUGAUAUAUCGAGGCAUGGAUCCUUGGGAGCAUUGCUGUUGAGCAACGGAGCAGACAUCAAUGCGCAGGACAGAUAUCUUGCAACACCUUUGCACAAGGCAGCUGCUGGGCAGAGCAAUUUGGCCAAGGAGCUUGUGAAGAAUGGAGCAGAUGUAGGUCGGGAAGAUCGUUGGAGAUCUACUCCUUUGCACAAAGCUGCAGAGCAUGGAAAGGCAGAAUUGGCUUCACUCUUACUCAGUGAAGGCGCAGGCAUCUCUGCGGAUGAAUGGGGUGCCACACCUCUGCACCGCGCCGUGCACCGCGGACAACUGGCCGUUGUGGAAACACUAUUGGCCAACGGUGGAGAUGCCAACGCGGAGGACCUGCAGUGGGCGUUUUCAGGUCCAGAGCCAUAUUGCAGCUGCACCCUCAGCUUCCUUGUGCUGGGCGUGGCUGCUGCCUUCUGCGUAGGAGUCACUCGGGAAGAGGACUCUUGGGAAUUGGUGACAGAUCCGGGUCCGGAGGUCCCAGAACUGGCUGCUGAGGUCGCCUCAGCCACUGCGGCAUCAGGGGCUGAGUUCCGCGCUGCCAAUUUUGUGCCUACCAUUGAUUUUGUGGAAGAGGAAGCUGGAGCGCUUUUUGCUUCAGACACCAACACUGCUUUGGGUGAGUGGCAUUUUGAGCGGUUAGCUGGAUUAGAAGCAGAUCCUGAUUUUCCCAGUCCGGGAGUUGCUAGGGCUCGUCUCGCCCGUGCCGUCAGAGCUGGCCUUGGGGCUCGCUACAAGCUGGACCGGCGCGCUCGGACGACUUGCAAGUCUCCCCACGUGCCAGGCAUCAAGCGCUGGUACGUUGUGUUGCGCUCCAGGGAUUUUCCUGAGGGCUUCAUCACUGAGGCCAUCGAAACAGUUCUGCAGGAAUGGGUGGACGGCGAGGGCUACCCUGUGGCGAUCUACGAGGCAGCCGACGCCGUCAUCGAGACCAUGCGGGGCCGGACUUUAGGCACUGCAAGCGUCUUGUUGGUCGACAUGCCCUGGCUUGGAGCUGCGCAGUUUCGGCGGCCAAUUGCUCUUCGUCGAGAUGCCACCGACAGCAUCCUGCGGAUCACUGUGGAGGACCAGAUUGGGCGGCCCCGGUCGAACGAGGCUUGGGCGGCCUCGGAAGCCUGGUUGCUGUCAAAAGAGCCGGACGAUGUCCUCCAGGAGUACUACUCGGCCGAUUCUGGCGGAGGGGGCGAAGAGUUCCCAGAGCAGAUCCCUGGGGCCGACCAUGCUCCUGUUGGAGAAGAUCAGUCAGAUGUGAUUCGGCAAAUGCAAGCUCGAAUCCAGCAGUUGGAGGCAGAAGCUGCUGGUCGCACCAGCCUCUUAGCCGCCCCUGCGCCUGCUCAGGAGCUGUUCCCCAUGCAGAUGGCCGCUGGCGGCCUGCGUCAAGAAGAUUGGGACCAACUUCAGAAGCUAGCAGGACCUGCACCGAAAAGAGCUCCUCGACCAGAAGCAGCUACCGCUUAUCGAGGCGAGGAGUUCGACACGCAGGCCGAGGUGCGAUUGGAGGCCUUGCUGGCUCGGAUGGGCCCCAGGUCAAGCGACCCUCUGAGCCAAGUUCUCUCGGGGUCCUCAGACUCGACCCAAUCCUCUUCGGGAGUGAAGGGGUGCCAUGCUCGCGAGAUCUUCAUCAAGCACAUGGAAGAUCUUCCUAUGAUCGCUCGAGUGACGCAGCGCAAUGUGCUUCAAGACAUGGGGUAUUCUCAGCCCUUCCCCGGCUUGAUGAGGGAGUUCAUCGAGAAGAGAGUGCCCCUGGGAGACAUGCGAACAUUGACGCUUUUGAGUCAUUUUAUGGCAACUGGUUGGGAGAUUGGUUUCAACCUGAACGAUGCGAACAUCAUGGGACUUAUGGCAAAGGGACUCAUGAUGACCGAGCAGUUUUGUUUGGAUGGUGGCAGGACGACCAUGGGCUGGCUGCUCUCCGCAGUGGCAGAGCCAAACUUCGCUGCCAUCGAACGGAACAAACAACGUCGCGGGCUCCGUCCUUACUCUCGCCUUGCGAGUCCAAGUUGGGUGGCCGCCACCAUAGCUUUUCUCAAAGACAUGGACUACAUGGAGUCGAGGCUCAAGGAUGGCACCAAGCACGACAGCAAAAGCGAGUGGGACAAGGACAUCGACAAAGACAAAGACAAAAAGCCCAAGCCGAAGCCAAAAGGCAAAGGGAAUGGCAAGACCAGUGCCAAGACCGCGGCAGCCGAAGCCUCGGAAGCGACAUCGACUGGAUCUCUGGCCGUGUCCUCCACCUGUGUGGAAAUGGACGGGACCUUCAGCCCUGUCACCAGCGCGCCGGAAGCGCAAGAAGCAUCUGGAUAUGGCUACUCCCCUUCACAGAUUGCUAUGAUUGAGCGGCUGGAGGGACUUGUAGACUAUUUUUUAGCUGCGGGCGAUUUCGACUCCGCAUCACUGGGCAGGCUCCCAGGGGUAAAGUCCACUGUUCCAAAGCUGAAGUUCUCAAACUGGCUGAAGAAGUGGGACUCCAAAGGGGCUUGUGCAUUGUUCAUGUGCAGCGAGGUGGCUCAUGAUGAAGCCGUGGGGAUAUUCGCGGUAGCCAAAGAUGAAACUCAUGACCGACUGAUCCUCAACCCCGUUGUCACUAACGGACGCAUGCAGCAUUAUAGCAACUACACGCGUAGUUUGGCCCCGGGUUCCCUAGUUUCUCUUAUUCAGCUAGCUGAGGACGAAGUCCUCCGAAUUUCAGCCGAUGAUCUAUCAGAAAUGUACUACACAUUCAAAGUUCCGCCAGACCGAGCACGGCGGAAUUGCAUCCGAACAGUUUUCAAGCCACAGGAGAUCCAGCAUCUUUCAUGUUUUGAUCCUUGCAAACACACAGGGCCAUGCUUUGUGGCGUUGGCCGCCUUGGCCAUGGGCGACUCGUUGGCUGUUGAAAUAGCGCAGCAGGCGCAUUUCCAAGUUCUGUCUCAAGUAGCAGGAUGUUUGUUAGAGCACGAGCGGGUGGCAUAUCGCCGUGCCUUCCCUCGAGGACCAUUCUAUGAAUUCCUGUCGAUUGAUGAUCACCUAGGACUUCAGCGUAUUUCCAAGAGCGCCUAUAGAGCCAGUGCAUUAGCCAGGGAUGAUCAAGUUUUCCAAGCUGCUGCCAAAGCUUACCGGCAGGUUGGCCUGCGAGUUCAUCCUGGAGUGGAGAUCAAGGACAAAGGCCUAUCGUUUGGAGAUCUUCUGGAUGACUCAGUUUUUCAUGAAGUCCUUAGCCUAGCUCUACGAGGUGAUGACGAAUCUUCCAGCUUGGAUCGUCCGAGCUACCGGCCUUGGUAUGAAGAUGCCGAGUGGAUUGCUGAAUAUUCGGACUCUGUGCACUUCAAAGAGUUGCUCAGGUGGCUCACUUCUUUGCGAGCUGGAAACACUGAUGAUUUUGAUUUAGUGGUGAUGUCAGCAUCUCUUGGGCGAAACGCAGCUCGUUGGCUGCGCUUGUUGCUAUUGCUGGGAGGUGACAUUGAGAGGAAUCCAGGACCGCAGAAGACCCAACGAUCGCCCCGUGGACCGCUCGACGCUGCGGUCGGGUUUGCACCAGCCACGAGUCGCCGCAUGGAAGAUUGUGUCACUGGUUUCAAGCUCUGGGUAGAUCAAACGUUAAAUUCGAGUUUUUCUUCGCUGGUUCAGUCACCUCACGGAAUGGCGCUCGCCCUCCGAGCUUACGGCAUGCACCUUUUUGAGCAAGGUUUUCCCAGAUACUUGUAUGUGUACGCCAUCACUGGCAUACAGAAUCUACACCCACAUGUUCGUCCAUAUAUGAGCCCUGCCUGGCAAGUGGAUCGAAGAUGGCAACUGCAUGAGCCUGGUGAGUGCCGUCCAGUGUUAUCGGCACCUGUGCUUCGUGCCAUCACGACCUUAGCCCUGUUGUGGGGUUGGAAAGUUUGGUUGGCCAUUACGCUGAUUGGGUUCUCAGGCAUGUUGCACCCUGGUGAGUUUUUGAACCUGGUCAGACAAGAUUUGGUUUUCCCCAGAGAUGCGAUGGUGGACAGUCGCGUCAUGUAUGUGCACCUGCGGAACCCAAAGACAGCCAGGUGCCGUAUAGACGAUCCUUUGAUGAUUCAGUUUUUGGAAUCAGUUUUUGGCCGUCUCAAACUUUCAGCCAAGCUCUAUGACGGGUCUGCCUACUCAUAUCGGCGACAGUGGGACUCUAUAAUGCAGAAGCUUGAAAUUCCCUUUUCGCAGUCGCAAAAAGGGGUGACUCCCGGAGUUUUGAGAGGAUCCGGAGCCACCCACAUGUACCUUUGCACUGAAGAUGUUUCUAGAAUUGCGUGGAGAGGUCGGUGGACAAAGUUGAAAACUGUUGAGUUUUACUUGCAAGAAGUAGCAGCCCAGUUGCUACUUCAUCGGCUCUCGACCUCAGCCCGACGGCGCAUAGAAAUUUUUGCAAAGUACAGUGUCGAUCUACUGCUUUGGUUUGUGAGCUCCAAUGCGGAGCCCAAGGACUUCAGAGGCGGAACAGCUUCACAGCCUCUUUCUGGAGACCAACUGCCUUGA